AUGUUCUGGAAUUUGGCCUGCCUGACUGGAGGCAACCAAUAUAUUACUACAGGAAAAAUGCGAAAACUGGCGUGGUAUGAGGCCAUACUUGUACUCGUUGGUGUAUCAACCAUUGCACAUUACCUGAUGAUGUGGGCAGCUUACUAUGAGAAAUAUUUGGUUUUAUCACAGAAUCUCAAGAAGUCCAGAAAACGCGAAAAGAAGGGAGAGCCUGAAGUUUCGGCGACGCAGCUGAAGGAAGCAUUAGAGGUCUAUCGUCCACAAUUCUACGGUCUACUGCCUUUUCUCAUGGUCAAGGGCUCGUGCGCAGCUUUCAUGUUACUGGUUUCGCUGGCUCAGGAGUACAUGGCUCGCGAGGAACAGAUCGAAGAGGAAGAAGUCGUAGAACCUCGUAGGCCGGCCCCAGCUCCUCGAGCUCCAGAAUUCACUUACGAGGUGGCUACUGAUUUGAAACCAGUCAGCACCAACAAUCCCGAAUUGUACGCCAAAUAUAUAACACAGCGGUGCGGUAUGGACAAGCGAGGAACUAUAUCAACUGGUGCGCUUAUCCACGGAGAAGUUCCCGCCAGUUUGUGGAUUGUUUUCGGCACUCCGAAUCGAUGGGAAUGCAUGGCGCGAGUGCUCAAUCGAAGUGCUCACGAUGUUACAGUAAUGGCGGGCAAGUUGAAGCAUAUGAAACAAGAGGAGUAUGCAAAGCUAGCUAUGGGCCAGCAAUCACCUAGUGUGAUGGACAGCACAAAACAGUCUGACACCUCGAGUGCUGCUGCGUUAAUCUCCGAAUGGUCGCAGCUCGAACAGAAGCAACUGGAGGCGGCUCUGCAGCUGUAUCCUAAAGGAUGCGAAGAUCGAUGGGACAAAAUUGCGAGCGCCGUGCCGACAAAGUCGAAAGAACAGUGCCAACAACGAUUGAAAGAACUCGUCGAGUUGGUGAAGCGGAAAAAGGCAAGCGCGCAAGCCAAGGCUUAG